UCUUCCUCCGCCGUUCCCCCCGGGCUUUGACGACUGAGGCCCGGCUCUCAUCCCAUCACACGAAUCGCCAUCAUUCGUAUCUUAUAAACAUAUCCCAUUCUAUCACACCAAUCCCACCACACCGCACCGCUUGCCAUGGCCAACAACGCCGACAAUUCGCUCGGCUACGAGCAGGACCUCGACGAAAACCUUUACGACGACGGCGAUGAGAGCGCCCAGUCCUACGAGGACCAGCCCGACGACCAGCCCGACGACCAGCUCGACGCCCGCGAUGAUCUCGAGGCCGCCGCUCCCACCGAGACCUCGGCGCUGCUGCCCCCCGCCGACGGCGAAUCCGCCCGCCCCCUGCCCGACUGGCUCUCGGGCCUGGCCGACCAGGCCAAGAGCGCUUAUACAGCCGUCUCCGACCGGGUCGCCCCGGCGCUUGCCUCGGCCAAGGACUCGGCCGCCCCCGUCCUGGCAUCCAUCCGGGACAGAGCCGCCCCCGUCGUCGACUCGGUGCGCUCGGCCCUCUCGCCUGCCCUCGACAGCGCCCGCACCGCCGUCGCUCCUGCCGUCUCGGCUGCCCGCGAGCACACCGCCCGUGCCCUCGGCCAGCUGCAGGAGGCCUCCAGCGCCUCGGCCCGCGGGAUCGGCAGCCACCACGACUCCUGGAAGGCGUGGUUCGCCAGUCUGACGCCCGAGCAGCAGACCUUCCUGCGAUCCAUUUUUGCUGCGAUCAUCCUGGUGCUGUUCCUCCUUGUUACCUGGUCCCGCUUCGCCCUGCAUGUCCUCCCUGUUCCUCCCAUCGAGAGCCCCACGCCAGUCCCGACCGCCACAAGCUCCUCGCCCAUCUUCACAACGACCUCGGCCCCGCUGCCGACCUCCUCGGUUCCGCCCGUCCCAGUGCCCACCGCCUCUCCCGAGCCGUCCGUCUGUCUGACGCCCGAGUGUGUCCUGGCUGCCGCCGACAUCCUUAACUCCAUCGACACCUCCGUCGACCCCUGUGACGACUUUUACCAGUUUUCGUGCGGCACAUGGCAGAAGCAGCAUCCUGUCUCCAAGCACCGACCCCAAGACUCGGUCAUCGACCAGGCCGUUCGCCAGAACUACCGCAUCAUCAAGACCGCCAUCGAGGCCCUGCCUUCCCACCGGCCCGAGACUCUGAGCCCUCUCGAGUCGACCCAGCAGCAGCUCAACACCCUCGUCGCCGAUUUCUAUCACAGCUGCACAAACAUGACCGCCAUCAAGGAACUCGGCAUCCAGCCUCUCGUCGACCACCUCCGUCGCAUCAGCAGCGCCUCCUUCCCCAUAUCCACGCCUUCGUUCCCCUCGGGCGCCUACCGACUCAAUAUCGCUCGCUAUGCCGACGCUCUUGCCGAUGCCGCCCAGGCUGGAUCGUCUGCUUUCUUCUCGGUUCAGUCCCGGCCCAGUCGCCAGCAUGCUGGCACCUUGAGCAUUCUCAUUAGCCCCAGUGGCCAUGACAUUUGGUCCUGGCUCAGUCCGGACAGCGACAGCAGCCUCGUGGAGCUUUACACCCAAGCCCUUGCCAAGGUCCUGGAGCUCGUCUUGUCAGACAUUUCGCCGCCGCACAAGGGCAAGACCUGGCUCAACGUGGCCGCCAAGAUCGUCGAGCUCGAGAAGACCCUUUUGGAUCUGGGCCGUGCAAAGACUACCAGGUCGUCGAGUUGGCCAAUGCCCGACUUCUCCGUGCGGAACCUGACCAUCGUUGCCCCCGCGUUCCCUUGGUUGAGCUACUUUGAGCGACUCGUGUCCUCGUCGGUGUCCUUGGACACCUCCAUUUUUGCCCCUCCUAUUGAAUACCUCACUGGCUUUUCUAAGCUCUUGGAGACUCUGGACGCCGACACUGCCGAAAAAUACUACUUCUGGCAAUUGAUUAACCAGUACCGCCAUCUGGGCAUCGAUGAGAUCGACGACAUUUUCGAGCCGCUGGACAACAAGCUGAGCAGAGUCCCGCUCACCAAGCCCCACAGAUCAAACUUUUGCGUCGAUACUACAUACCAUUUCCUUGACCGCAUUAUUUCGAAGCUCUUUGACGAGCAAGUUCUCACCGCGAUCGCCCAAGAGGAAACGCGGGAGCUCGCUAAGAACGUCAACAGCGCCUUUGUCAGCCAGCUGGGAGAAUACAGCUGGGUCGAUGAGGCCACCCGCACAGUCGCGAUCGAGAAGGUCAACGGCAUCAACACCACUGUGGGCUCUUCAGAGGCAUACUCCAACGUGACUGAGCUGCUUGAGUACUAUGAGGGCUACGGCGUCAUCAAUUCCCGUAGCUACUUCGAUAACCUUGCCAACCUACAGAGACUGGAAGUCGAUCACAAGCUCUCCAAGCGCAACCAUACCGACAACACCGAUUACCACUACCAAACCUUCAUCAAUUUUUGGUACAACAGCGAUUAUGAUGCGCGGGGCAACCGGGUCCAAGUUUCUUCGGCCCUUAUCCCCACCACUAUACAUCAGGACCAACCAGAGUACCUGCGAUACGGACGCCUUGGAUCCAUCAUCAGCGGCCACGUCUCUCAAGCGUUCUAUGGACGUGGUCGAGAUAUCCACCCCAACGGCACCUUUGGCGACUGGUGGAGCAACAACACGGCUGUCGCGUUUAAAUCCAAGACUCAGUGCCUGAUUGAUCAAUUCGAUGGCUACAACUACACUCUGCCCUCUGGCACCACCACACAUGUCGAUGGCCAUACGCACGUCGAGCGCAACUUGCAACGCAACACGGGCGUGGCCCUUGCCUUUGAUGCUUGGAAGCUCACUCGCUCCUGGAACCCGGAUGAGCCCGAGCGCAACCCACUCCUCCCUGGUUUGGCCCCGUUUACCGAGGAGCAGCUCUUCUUCGUGUCGUUUGCUCAGGAAUACUGCGAAAACAGUCUCCCGGAGCUCGUUGAGAGCUAUAACGUCCCUGCUCGAUUCAAGGUCAUCGGCGCCGUUUCCAACUCGGACGACUUUGCCCAGGCCUUCCGCUGCAAACGGGGAUCGCCCAUGAACCCGGAGCGCAAGUGCCGCUUGUAGAGUGUGCGCAGAAGUCCAAGCACCUAUCCUGGGACAGUAUGCUGGCACCUCCAGCCGAGGAGGUAGUCACUCGCUUUUCACCACUUUCCGGUCUACAAGUUCAGCUUUUGCUUGCUCCUCUUUCUAUCUAUCGACCUUUGUUUCAUUCCUCUUUCAUCUUCUUU